UCACCGUUUUACGUCAAAUUUAUUGAUUUUAUAAAAUAAUUAAGAAAAAUAUUGUAUAAAGUUUCUGCAAGUAAAACUUACAAAAAUCAAAGGUAAUUAAACGAUUACAUUACUAAAUUUCCGAAUUGUGGAAAAAAUGGAAAGCAAUUAUUCCUAUCAUAAUGUGGAACAAGAUUUUCAAAAACUGUCUCAAACAAUAGGGACGAGCAUUCAAAAAAUAUCGCAGAAUGUUUCUUCAAUGCAACGCAUGGUUAAUCAAAUUGGAACACAUCAAGAUUCGCCUGAAUUAAGAAAACAACUGCAUUCCAUUCAGCAUUACACCCAACAACUAGUUAAAGACACCAAUGGUUACAUCAAGGAGCUUAGCACUGUGCCCCCAUCUAUGUCCCAAUCAGAGCAAAGACAAAGAAAAAUGCAAAAAGAAAGGUUACAAGAUGAAUUUACCAGUACAUUGAACAUGUUUCAGCAAGUGCAAAGGAGUACUGCUUCCAAAGAAAAAGAACAGGUCAAUAAAGCUAAAGCCCAAGCAUAUGGUGAGCCACAUCUCAUUGGUUACAAAUCAAAAGAUCAGCAACUUAUUGAAUUACAAGAUAAUAACACAAGGCAAUUACAAAUACAAGAAGAGGAUGAUCUAAGGGCUCUAGAAGAACAAGAACAGUCAAUAAGGCAGUUAGAGAGCGACAUCAACGAUGUGAAUCAAAUAUUCAAAGAACUCGGCUCGCUGGUUCACGAACAAGGCGAAAUCGUUGACAGCAUAGAAGCCAAUGUGGAACGUACCACGGACUUCGUGAGUCAGGGCGCCAUGCAGCUGCGCGAGGCCAGUACGCUUAAAAGCAAAGUAAGAAGGAAGAAAUUGAUUUUGGCUGCCAUAGCGGCCGUUAUUUUGUUAAUUGUUAUUCUGAUAAUCGUUUGGCAGGUCAAGUAGUGAUGCUUUUAUUCUACAAAUCCAAAGUUAUUUAGUAUGUAUUAAAUCGAAUUACCAACAUGCAUGUAGUAGGGCUAUUGUUUUAUUAUUUAUACAGAGGAUGUAUAGGAAAAUAACGAUUUAGGGCCAAUAUAAGAAAAGCGGAACAUUUAUUUAUUGUACAGCAAAGAAUUUGUAGAAAUUGAUUGCCUAAACUUACUUAAAUACAGUGUGUUUUAUAAAUUUAGUCUUUUUUUAUGGCUUAGAAUUUCAUAAAACAAACACCAGAGGCGGCUCGAGGCCUAGUGUACGAGGAGGCUUACACACCCUAUAUACUUGGAAUACAAUGUAAUAUUUCUGCUUUUUGUAUUCUAUUAGAAAUAUGUAUUUGUAUUAAGUAGCCACCUCGUAGACUAAGCCACGAGCCGCCUCUGACAAACACACUUUUUUCCUAUACUUAAAAAUCUGAGAAAUUAUUAUACAUCUCGACUCUGCAAAAAUCAUUUGUGAAUAAUUUCAUGAAGGUUUGUGUCAUAUAUGUCAGUUUAACAAAUGUACCAACACAACAAAAAACCUUGUAAGCGUUAAAAGUAAUAUGACCAGGAUAAUAAUAAAAUUUAAAAACAAAACGAAAUUGUUCAACGUAAUGACAAAACAUCUAUUUAGUAUUUAGUUUGGUUGAUUGAUAGGUUUAUACUUCUGAAAACCUCAAGGUAAAAUUAUUGGACGAAAAUUAGAACAUGUUCUUCUUUUUGAAAAGCCGUAUUUGUAAAUAUUGGUUUGUUCCAUCAUAUUAUAAUCCAUGACAGAUCCGACUACUAGUCUAUUUACAUGCAUAUAUAUUUUUUUAACUAUGACAUGAACAGUCAAUAAUGUUGAUUACAAACCCAAACCAAAUGGUAAGUUUUUACAUAAACCGGUUUGAUGGUUUGAUCCCGAUCCGAAAUCAAUAUACAGGGUGUGUCGUAAAUUUAGUUUAGAGGUGGUAGGGGGCAUCAUCCCAUAGGUGUUUCUACAGGUUUUUUUCUGCAAAAAUUGUAUUUUGAUGUACACUGCCACCCCUAAAAGUUUCUCAGUAUAUUUAUGGAACGCUCUAUAUUUGUUGGAACACUGGAUUUGCAGUCGGCUAUUUGGUUUGAAGUUUGUUGGGACGCAUUAAAGUAAAACUGCUCAUGAUCCUGAUGGUCAUGUACGAAUUUGGACUCUUGCUGGAACCUUAUGUUGUAUGUGUAUGACAACCACACAUUAUUUCCUGAUAUUUCUUGCAAUAUUAUUGUAUGGUAAAAAAACAACGGUCCUAUUUCAUUUGUGGAGGUAUAUUAUAUUGCUAUAAUGUAUCACUUAAUUGUGCAGAUUUUUCGAUAAUACCUAGAUUUGGCAAUAUUUUUUUUUAAUUCAAACGUUUCUGUCGUUUUCGAAACAGUCACGUUACAAUUUCAACCAUCUUGUAUUAUAAUACGACAUAUAGCUGAAGCCGCCAAGCUCAUGUGCACAAUGUUCCUGUUUUUCGAGUCGAUCACUUGGAUCUUAAUUCACUAUAGUUGAAGCUGUACAUUUUGAGACGUUGCUAAAUAUAAGUGCAGUAAAAAGGUAGGAUAAAUAUUUAAAAUUACUUGUUUCAAGUCAUGGUAUUAAAGAAACUUACCUUCGUACAAUCAGUACUUGAUAUAAUUGUUACUUAUUAAUCUUUAACUAGAGUUGCCUACCAAAAAUUUAAACCAAAUAAGGAUUUUUAUUAAUUACGUAAACAUUUCAACUUCAAUAUGGUUUGUAAUAAAUAUAUUAUAACUAAAUCAUCAAUAAUUAUGCCUCCAUUUACUAUUUUAAUGUUUUAUGUAAACAGAGUUACAUAACAUUAAUAAAUUUGGCAACAUGACAUUAACUUUUCAUUCCGCCAUAUUUUAACGUUGGCGCAUGUAGCGGCUUUUGUUAUUCCUGUCUAUCUGUAGUUAUAUCUGUACAUUCUGCACGUUUAAUUGAUCAAAAAUGCGGAUUCUUCCAUUCAUUUGUUAUUCUAUUAUAUGUAUUAAAUUUUAAAUCAGAAAAAAAGGAACUUUUUUUACUUAUCAGAUCGGGGUCUGACGUCUUGUCAAAGCUCCCUCUGAGGGAUAAAUGAAAAAUGUAACUACUUUCAUCGUAAAACCUUUUGGACUUCAUUUCCACAUUUUAUUUAGUAUUCGGUCUUUGGUAAAGAAUUAAUGACAUUAAAUCAUAAAAAUGCAAAAAAACAAUAACUCAUAGUCAUGUGUCGCAAAAUAAUAAGAGAAAAACUAUUCCUCUGGCUAUGCCCCUCGGCAGGCAUUAAGUUAUAUCGAGACAGCCGAUAUAGAAAUUUAUUUUCAACACUCUUUAUUUUGACCAUUGACCAUCUUUGGAUGUAUAAAGUAUUGAUUAUUUCUCCUAUUAUUUUUUAAUACAUAUAUUAUGAAAAUAUACAAAGUGUAUCUAUCUUAAGUUCGUUUUAAUGUUUUGAAAUAUCUAGACGUAAUUAUGAUAUGCACACUAUAAAUUUAAAUGAUGAAUUGUUGAAUCUGCAGCGUUAUAAAAUCUAUAUUUUAUUUUUGGAAUGAGAAAAACGAAAAAAAUUAUGCCGCAAUGUAGGCUAAAUAGAACUGGUGAUAUUAAUUUAUUAAUAUUCAUUUUUAAGUUAGGUUACAGUACAUGGGAGAAUAUAUAUUUUUAAUUUUUAGCGAUGUAUAGAUUGCUUUUGAUAAUACUUCACUCAAUUAGUUUCUAACGAAUUGAAACAAAAAAUUUAAUAUCAAUUUUAUAUUAGCUAAAGUCGUUUUUUAAUAAGUUGAAAUAUACGGGAUAUCCCAUAGAAAAAUAAAAGGGAUAUCCUAUCAGUGAGAAGUAUCCCAUUUCAACAGUUUUGUCCCCACCGAUGUGUCAAAAUGUUAUCACUUAUUGUUCAAAUCAAAAUACUUAAAUGUUAUUAAAUGGAAGAGUCCACCUUUCACACUACACCAAAAUAUAAUAUACAGGGUGUUCCAUUAGAUAAAAUUGGAUUAUUUUGAAAUGAAUGUCAAUUUUUUAAAAAUAUGUCAUCGUUGGGACAAAGCUUGUGGUUCAAAUGUUUUAAACUAAUUCGCUGGUAAAAUGAGAUACUUUUUACUGGGACAGUAUAUUUUGUAUUAAAAAAAGAAAUUAUGACACUUUUAAAAGAUAUGAAUAUUGUUCAGCUAUGUAUCACAGUACAGUCAUAAUUGAAUUGGUUUAUGAUGACCGACAAAAAAAAAAUAAGACAAUAAUUGAUAAAAGUAAAUGACAAGGAUAUAUUUUUUUGGCAUUUGGAUAUAAAUAAUCAACAUUCCGUCCAUUUUUAUUGAUUUUAUCAAUAUUUGUUUUUAUUUAAUUUAGUUAAAUUUAUUUUAUGUACCAAAAAAUUAUGGAUUUGGCUUUAAAGGUACCAUUUGGCAACGCGCGACAAGCGACGCGAGAGAGAGACAGAAGUAAGGCGGCAAAUUUUGCCAUACUAAAUCUGAUGUCGUCGGUCGCUUCUACCGAAAUUUGUUUCAUAUAAUUACAUGGGUUCAGACAUAAAGAGACCGUUUAGUGUCUUUCUUGCUGUCGCGGCACGUUUUGAAGUCGGUUUCUGCCUCGGCUUGCGAAAUGGUAGCUUUAAGACUUUUUAUCUACGCGCACUAUAACUUUUUGCGAGCUUGUAUAGUCGACACUAAUUUUAAUCAAUAAUUGAGACUCCAAAAAUCUCUCUACAUAUCUAAAUUAUUCUUUUUUUUUUCAUCUAAUUCGAUAUUAGACCUUUUUUUUUCUUAAUUUUUCGAGCUCUUGUAUAAAAAAUGACUAUAUAUAUAUUAAAAGUCUAGAAAAGAUAGUUCUUAAGUAGUUUUUUUUGUUCUAAAAAUCGUCCAGUGAAAAAUAAAUUGGGACAUGCGUUGUAGGUGCGAGUAUUUGACAAUGGUUCAAUUAUGGCUUCAUUGUGAUAGUUUGACAAUACAUAAUAUACAUAUAUAUUCUUUAAUAAGGAUAUGACGCACCUCUAAAAUAUUUUUAUUUCAUACUAGUUUAGUAGAGUAAUUAACAAACACUUUGUAUGUAAUAUAAGUUUAACUUUGUCUCCUGAUGUACUGCAUAAUGAUUAUUAGUUUAUUUGAUUGUAUUCUAUUAUUGUGAUUAUUUUGUUUAAACAGUGAUUUUUGAUCUAAUUUUAUUAAAAAUAAAGUUUAUAAUGUAUAUUGAUGAUGACUAACGAGAGGAAUUAUUAGAGAUAAUGUAAAUAAAUGAUUGAUUGAAAAUCAUUUUUUAUUAUGUUUAUAUUGUACAAAUAUCUAUCUAC